GUCUAGGAGUUUGGCAUUCCCAAAUUCAUAUCUAUGUUUGGCCUUCUCAGACAGACCAUAGGACUCAGCCUAAAACGACGAGCUGUAUUUAGUGAUUCUUUCGCCCUGAAUAAAUCAUAUUUAAAUAGGUUUUGACUGGCAACAUUUUUGUCGGCAGUGUGAAUUGGGUUUCGUAAAUGGAUUAUUGUUCUCCGAUUAGCGCCCAUUUGCUGAUUUAACCAAUCGUCUGUCCGAUUCUAUAAACCCUUUACGAUAUAGCCAGGUCCUUUUGAAAGUUCAGAAUGGCAGGUCUGCAGUGUGAACUUCCCUCAGAGCUAUGCUGUCGACCGAUGGCUUUUGUAGCCUUAACUGGUUUGGAUGUCGUCUACAAUGCUGUGCACCGUGCAGUAUGGGAUGUUUUCAGUGCCAACCGGCGAACUGACAGAGUGCCAAUCUCUUUCAAAAUUCUCCCCGGUGACCAUGAGUAUCCGAAGUGUCGAACUAAGCGUACGUCCUAUGAGUGGUACAUUCCCAAAGGAAUAUUGAAAACAACCUGGAUGAACAAGCACCUGAAUGAAGUACCGGCACUGGUUGUUGUCUUCUAUGAAUUGGAUUGGGAUGACCAACAGUGGAAAGAGAAACAAUCUGAAUGCGCUACGAAGGUUGAGAUUGUCAGAUCCAGUCUUCAAAGCAGAAAUACUAAAGUGGCUGUAGUUUUAAUUCAGAAGAAAACACCUCUGCCUCCAGGAGAAGACUUGGUAGCAUCUGAAAGAGCUGCAGCUAUUUGUCAUGCCUGUGAUCUGUCCGGAAAGAGUCUGUUUGUCCUGCCACAUACUGACCACCUUGUUGGUUACAUUAUAAGGUUGGAGAAUGCCUUCUAUGAACAUGCUCAGACAUACUAUUACAAUGAAAUCCGUCGAGUUAAAUCUCAUAAGGAGUUUCUAAACAAGACAACACAUCAGUUGCUGUUUGUCCGACACCAGUUCAAAAUCGCUUUCUUCAGUGAGCUGAAGCAAGACACCCAGAAUGCUUUAAAACACUACAGAACUGCCUAUAGUCUUGUCCAUGAGCUGAGAGCCCAUGAAUCAAAUAUGUUGGAGAUUAAAACCUUGGCGGGCUUCAUUAACUACAAGGUAUGCCGUCUCUGUUUCCAGCACAAUACUCCACUUGAUGGUAUUUCCCAAUUCAGAAAGCACAUUGAUCUUUGUAAGAAGAACAUCGGUAGUGCUGAACUGGCUUUUGAGCAUGCUGCAUGGAUGGCAAAACAGUUCCAGUCUUUUGGUGAGCUGUUUGAUGAUGCAAUAAAAUUGGGUCUGGCAGCUAUCCAGACACAGAACCCAGGUUUCUACUAUCAGCAGGCUGCCUAUUACAGCCAGGAAAGAAAACGACUUGCACAUCAGCUCAGUCAGGCAGGAGCAAUUUAUCUUUCGUCCGACGCAAUGGACAUACUGAAUGGAGGAUUGGACUACUAUGGCCAAAGACCAUGGAGACAAGGACACCAGAGUAUUGAUCCUCCUGACCAAGACAAAGAAAGGAAGGGAAUUCUGGCAUUGCAGGUCAACGAAAGGGAUGUCCCUCAUUCCGAGCUGAUAUUAACUCUUCUCAGCAAUGCUGUUGCCCAGUUUAAGAAGUACAAAUGCCCAAGAAUGAAAAGUCAUCUUAUGGUGCAAAUGGGAGAGGAAUACUACCAUGCUCAAGAUUAUGCCAAAGCCCUCAAACUGUUGGAGUAUGUGAUGUGUGACUUUCGCACAGAGCGCUGGUGUGGAAUCCAGACAGCCAUAUUGACCACAGCUCUCCAGUGUGCUUACCUAAUGGCCAGUGUCAAACAUUAUAUCAUAUUCUGUAUGGAGCUAAUGGGCAGAGCUUCAACACUGAAGAAGGAGCAAAAGUCUAGAAUUGGAGAGAAUCUCAUGCAAGUUCUGAAGAACAAGAUUCCUGAUCCUGAGCCUCAGUGUGAUCAGUUUUCAGCUAAUGCCGGACGAUCAUUGUGGAAUCAAUUUAUGGCUUCAGGUGGCUCAGAUGAAGUCAUUAUUGAUGUGCAGGACUACGUACCGUUCAGUAGUUCCUGCAUUCCCGUAUCUCUGAUCGUGUGUACCGACCUCCACCUGUUCUCCGACCGACCCCUUCAAUGUAAAGCCAAAUUCCAGUCUCCCAGUUUCCAUGUCGACGAAGUCAUCCGACUCCAAGUGUUCGUCAAAGCUGACUGUCCUCAUCCUGUAUCAUUCAGCAAACUGGCUGUCAGCUUAAGCAAUCAGGAGUAUAAUCAAUGGUGUGUUCUGGAAACAUCAGGUCAGGAGCGUGAAACCCUUCUGCCUGGGAAAUCAAAAUGCUACAACUUCAGCUUUGUGGCAAAAACCAGAGAUGUUGGGAAAAAAAUUGAGAUGACAGGUGUAGAGAUCAUGAUUGGCAGUGGCAGUGGUCGCUGCGUGUUUCUGAGAUGGAGAGGGGCAGGUGGUGACGUAGCCACAUCCCACGAGUUCAUGCCGUCAAACAGAUCAUCGUGUUUUCAUGAUGUUAAGGAAGAUUUGGAUUGGGAUUUCAUAACGAUCGUACAAAAUACCAUGAUCAUCUCGAGAGUUCCAAAGCUCUAUGUAGAGCUGAGUCAUCAGCCUCCUGCUCUUUGCAAUGAAAUGUACCCUAUUCACUUCACGGUCCAAUCACUGGAAGAGGCUGUAGCCAAGGAUGUGAAACUGACUGCAGGACUCAACCCUGGACAAGAUGCCAAUUUAAGUCAGACAACACAUGUGACACUUGAUAACUCCAAGACUUAUGAUGAUACGACACCUCCUCUGCUCCCUGACAUACUUCUUGGGAAUUUGAAUCCAGGCGAAAAGCUCAACAGAUGUGUAUAUGUAAUAUGUUCGACAACUGGACCAAGGCUGUUUCUGUUUCACAUAUCUUACAACAUUGAUGUAACUGUGGAUGGACAACAGAUUGAAUGCAAAUGUCAGAAGGAUGAAACAGUCACCAUAGAGACAUUGGUUCCAUUUGAAGUUUCUGCCAGCUUUUUGUCAACCAAGUUUGAACCACUGGAGCAGAUAGCAAUGGAUAUUCCCUUUCUGAUGUUAACGGCGGUCCAGUCAUCAUCCCCUUGGGCCCUGAUCUUGACUUCCUCAUCUCUGCAGAGUAUCGGAAUAACGAACACACGACACCAUGAGUUCCAGUUGCGGGACGUGAUUCUAAAGAAAGAUGAAUGUGCAAGUGAAUGUUUCUGUCUGCGGUGUCCACCACUGGGCAAAAACAAUAACAAAGCUGUGGCUGCUGGACAGUACCUCAUAUCAUGGAGAAGAUAUCCCCCCAGUCCAGGUAGUCCUCUCAUCACCACAUCGGUCACUCUGCCCCAUGUCUUUCUGGAGCCUGUCCCACUUUACAUCCAUGCUGAUAUCCCUCCCUUUGGGAGAGUUCGAGAGUCCCUUCCAGUUUUUUUCCACAUAGAGAACAGAACAGCUCUGGUGCAGGAGGUGGAGAUAGCUGUCGAACCAUCUGAUUCCUUCAUGUUUUCUGGACUGAAACAGGUGCAUCUCCGUAUACUUCCUGAUGCAAAGCAACAGAUGCUGUAUAACUAUUAUCCGCUUAUAGCUGGUUACCAAACAUUGCCACAACUCAGCAUCAGCAUCUCUCACUGUACAACCAAUGCAUACAACGUCAGACGCUUCAUCCCCAAUCGUAUUUUUAUCAAGCCACAGGGGAAAGAGCUGGACAAUGACUCUAUUGAUGCAGCUUGAGAUAUGAGUUUCAUGUACGACUGUGAGAACAAAACGUUGUGUAGCAUUUCCUUUGUAUGAUUUUUUUUUUCUCUCCGAGAUGACAGUAAUACACUCAUUUAAUUUGAUUAUUUUGAUGUUGCUUUACUGUUAUGAUCAAAAUCUAAUAAAUUAGUGGACUGUCAUUAAAUACAAAGAUAAUAAUUAUAAAUUCUAAUCUGAUACGAACUGUAUUGAAAUGGGUGUAAUGUUUGGCAUGUAUUAAAAUUAAAAUCAUGGAAAUGCAAAGUAAGUGUUAAAAUUUAUUAUCUUUAUGGCAAAUUGAAUACUUGUAGUGAAGAACAUUAUAGUUAUACAAAGUAGAGUGGACCCCCAAUAUUCGUGCUUGACGAAAAUGUGCAAUUAUUGAUGCCCAU